AUGGCGAACCACGCUAUUCAACUCGACCUCGACGAGUUUCGUGAUGCCUUCCUCCCCUCUCCCGGCUUUUCCAUCCGCACAAGAACUGGUGCCCUCUCGGAACACUUCAUCAAGUCCAUCAACCAAGCUAGUCUUGUUCCCGGUUUCACAUUAUCGUGCCUUUCGCGAAGUAACUCCUUCGGAGACGCUAUUGCGCAGAGCAUGGAUACGGCGUUCUGUCGUGGUCACUACUUCCCUCGUAGCAGACGUCGACCUUCGUGGGCCGAUCAGAGCAUACCGGUCGAGUUCAAGAGCCACUCAUGGGGUGUAGACCCUUUCGACAACGUGCAGGUUGACGGAGAAGAUUCUGCUGUGGCAAUCGAACGACGGGAGCUCUUCGACCACAUUCUCACCACUGCCCGUCUCCUCUUUGCAGUCCAACACCGCGUCGUCCUCUUCAUGCUCCUUGUCAUCGGUCGCAAAUUUCGUUUGUUGCGAUGGGAUCAUGCAGGAGUCAUCGCUACCCCUUCUUUCGACUACUACGGGCAGUCGGCGGUACUAUGCGAUCUCCUCCAGCGAUUUUCUCACCUGGACGACGCUGCGCCGCUCGGGUUCGACCUCAGCGCCACUCGGCUGUGCCCAGGUAGAGGCCACUUUUCGUGGAUGGACGCAGCCGCCGUUCCACAACAUACCGAUAUUGACCACAAUGCGCGUGAGAUGCCCAACGUCCCCUCCCACGAAACUCCUGUUUUCGAGUAUGUAUGCUCCCUGUUCCGUACAUGGCUUGCAGACGAUUGGCCACGCUACAAGCUCGUCGUACCGCACACCACAGGUUUCCGCAAAUACCUCGUGGGGAAACCCUUGUUCGUCUCACAGGUCAUGUUCGGUCGCGGAACGCGUGGCUACGUCGCCCUGGACUGCCAGACGGGUCGCUUCCUGUGGCUCAAAGACACUUGGCGUACGUCGUACAUGUUCGCAGACCGAGAAGGAGACAUUCUCCAGCGACGCAACGAGGCCGGUGUUGAUAACAUCCCAACCCUCUUCUCUCAUGGAGAUGUGCGCGAUCAGGUCACCAUCGCGAGUAAUUGGAUCGGAAACCCACGUCCCGCUCCCUCACACGCAGCAGGACCUGUUCCAACGUUAUCUCCACCGUCUCAUACUCAUCCCACCUCGGGGACUCCUGGGAGCAGGAAGCGAAAGCGGGAGGCUGAUGCAGACGGCGAUCACGCAGGCCACCACAUCGGUGGAGAACGAAGUUCCGACGUGACUAUCGGUUCAAAUGAUCCCCUUUCCCAACAUAGGCACUACCGAAUCGUGGUCGAAGAGGGGACUUAUCAAUUCAUGUCGGUGAACGCACUCCAGCGCCCGUCGCACUCGGUCACAAUUGUGGACGAGCUCGAGUCCUUUUACCACGUGCUUCUCUACUUCUGCGGAUGCUUCCUCCGUUCUACAUGCAAGGAUCGUACGUCGUGGAUCGACAACUACUUUCACCUGUACUCAGGUCCAGAUCACGGAUUUACGUGCGGGCAGAAGUCGAUCACAAUGGAAGUUACCGGAAAGCUACGGACUUUGCCUCCACAAAGACCUCUAAUUUUCGACAGUCCCGUAGACGGCGUCUUCUCCACGCUGCUCCCCUGCUUCAAAGCGCGCUGCAAGGUCUUGAGCUACGAGAUCAUGAAGGCGACCGUUCCCUCGCCGGUCCCUGAAAUUCCUGAACCUCCGAGGUCUCCGUCUGCCCACGAAAUCCCUAUCGUACCCAAGAGGAGUCGCAAGCUGACGGAAAGCGCAAUAGCUUUGCGAGAGGAGGUCCAGAAAGAGCUCGCUGAAUGGACGCCUUAUGACGAUGAGACCCUGUCUGUCGAAGACGUUCUCCGCGACGCUUCUUGGCCAGAGGACGAUCGGAUACUACCCGCGCAACCGCUAUCGCCCGUUGUGAAGCCUAUAGUGCCAGACGAACCACCUCAAGCUGCAGAACCUGCGCCUCCCAGGAAGCGGCAAAAGAGAGCCGCCCCGAGCCGGCCUUCCCAGCUGGGGCCCGUACCUCGAUGCGCCGUGCCCGCAGUCAAGCUCGCAGCUUACCUGUCGCCACGAGAUCGAAGUCAUGACGCCUCGACGUUCUCUCAACCCGCGUUGGAUUUGCAUGUCACCCUCAAGAGGCCCGAUCGUACGAGGUACCUUGCGCUGGGUUCCGAUCACGCUUCCGGAUCAUUCAAGACACGCUCUAUCGACUACGCAAACGACGAACAGCCUUUGGAAGCGCACUCAUUCUUCUCCGGACGGCUACAUGCAGCUUCCCUGACGAGUACUCUGAUCAUGAGGUUUGGCGGCCCUCAUGAGCGCCAUCUUGCACGAGCAUUAUUACCACCGUCACAAUACCCCUUCCACUACUACGCCCCCAAGCCCCCUCCAUCGGAGUCGCUUUGGCCUCGGACGCGUGAUACCCACCUCUAG